UACAAACAGAGGAGGAUGUCAACAGAGGCAGAACUUCAAGCCGAUGUCAAACUCAGUGUCAAGAAGGAGUCCAAGAGAAAAGGUCAGGAUCGCAGCGAGCAGGCACUGGUUCAGCGCUUCAGGGGAGAUGGCAUCAGUUACAAGGCCAAGCUGAUCGGCAUUGAUGGUGUGACGGCAGCGCGUGGAGACAAGCUGUGUCAGGACUCCAUGAUGAAGCUGAAGGGAAUCGCUGCCUCGGCACGAUCGAAAGGGAACCAUAAACAGAGAAUUUACUUGACUGUUUCCUUCGGUGGAAUCAAGAUUUAUGAUGAGAGAUCAGGGGUCUUGCAACAGCACCACUCGGUCCAUGAGAUCUCCUAUAUUGCCAAAGACACCAGGGACCAUCGGGCCUUCGGCUACGUGUGCGGAAAGAAAGGCAACCACAAAUUUGUUGCCAUCAAGACGAGCCAUUCGGCGGAGCCAGUCAUACUGGACCUGCGGGACCUGUUCACCCUUGUCUAUGACAUCAAACAGAGGGAGGAGUCUCAAAAAAAGUCUCAGAAAGAUCAUAAACACUGUGAGCAAGCCGUCUAUCAGACCAUUCUGGAAGAUGAGACUGAUGAUCCAAUUUAUCAGUACAUUGUGUUUGAAGCCGGACACGAACCCCUCCGUGGCCACCAAUCAGAAGAGAGCGUUUACCAGGUCCCCUCAAGUCAGCAGAAAGAAGGGGUCUAUGACGUUCCCAAACACCAUUUUAAGACUAAUAUAAACCAGUUUGAUCUUUUUGGUGACAUGGCCACCCCUCCGGACAUUCUUUCUAUGCCAGCAUCUCCUGCUAACACACUGGAUCCUGGAAGAAGACGACGACAGCUCCACCCAGAACUCUUCACCCACUUCAGCCCACCUGCGGUGCCCUCGGGGUAUAUGACCAUGGGUGCUCUUCAGGCUGCCCAAUGGGCACAACAGUCCUUCGCAGCUCAGGCUGCACCGAUGGCCUUCGGGAUUCAGGCACCGUUGCAGGUGGCUCAGAUGCUUCCUGGAGGACAGCCUGUGAUCUGGGGUCAGGCCAACCUCUUCCACUCUCCAGCCACCGGCCAGCAGCAGUGGGCCUUCGUACCGGCCCAGACGGUGGGCAUGGGCCCACAUCCAAUCCCAGCCGCUGUGCUUCAGGGCCUGGUCCCGAUCGCUGCCAUGCGACCCCACUCAUGUGAACCCCCUGACACAUCGUCAGCCGUCACCAGCCCCCGGCACUUUGUGGACUCAACUCCCCGGCACGGCAGAUCUAAAGACGACCUAAGCGAGGACUCUCUGGGGGUGACAACCGUUCAGGUUACCGCCGUGCAACAGACUGCGGCAGACCCUGCGCAACCUUUUAGAAAACAGGAAGUGGACGACUGCUGCGGUGACCUGGAUAUUUCCCACAUGAGUUUGACUCCAGGAUCAACGAUAUCACCGUCCACGACUGAGUCUUGUGCUACUCCUGGUCCUGAGCAGGCAUCCGCAUGUGUAGCUGACGUCCCGUCAACAGCGCCAUCAAUCCUGAGCACACACAACACCUCAAACCAUGGAACGGAACAAACGAAGGUCUCUUCUCAACCUCUCAGCACUGACGCUCAGCCAACAGACCCACCAGACUCUUCACAGCCAUGUGUCUGAGUAGAGAUGACUUCUGGAUGUGUCAUAUUGUGCAGUUCAGGGGACACGGUCGCUCUGCAACUCCCUCAGAAGCCUGUGGACUGUUUACUGUCUGAAUGGUCUUCAUGGACACGCUGUGACCCCUGCUUGAAGAAAAGAUAUCGAUAUGCCAAGCUGGCUCAGCCAUCUGAGUUUGGAGGAGAACCGUGUGAGGAUCACGGCAGACAGGAGGAGAAGUGCACUCCUCCAUCACAAUACUCCUGUCAGAAACCAGCUCCUCCAUGUCAGGGUUUCCGCUGUACCACCACAGGACGUUGUGUGUUGGAGGGUCUUCGCUGUAACGGUGAUGAUGACUGUGGGGACGGCUCUGAUGAACAGGGCUGUAAAAAAGUCUACAAAGCCUGUAAACAGCCCACUGAGGAAUAUUAUGGAAUCGAGAACCUUGCCAAAGGAAUCAACAUCAUGAACGGCAAAGUAGAAGCAGUGGUGCUUGAUAACCGCUACUAUGCCGGUGGAUGUCUGCCGAAUUUUAUCCAGGAUGUUCGAUUCAGAAAGCCAUAUAACCUACAACAGUACACAAUAGAGACAAAAGGCGCCAUGGAUUAUAAAAUGGAGGCAUUUGAGACAUUCAGUGAAUACUUCAUUAGUCAAAGCAAAUCUACUCUGUCCAAGACCAGUGUAUCUAUUGGACUAAAUAUUCCUAAUGUUUUUGAGUUCAGUUUUAAAUACAAUGACCACCACUAUAAGAAAUCAGCGUCGAAGACGCGCAAUUAUUCUGAAACGAAUAGGAAAUUUCUCCGUGUGUACUCUGAACUUGAGGUGGCACGCUAUGCGUUGAAGUCCUCAAACUUGAUGUUACACCCAGAAUUCCUGUCCCGCCUUAAUGCCCUCCCGCUGGAAUACACAUAUGGAGAAUACCGGCAACUCUACAAUGACUACGGGACACAUUUUGUCAAGGAGGCAACGCUCGGGGGAACCUUCGACUAUACCCUUGUCCUCAAUAAAGAGAAACUGGAGAAAGCGGGCUACACCCUCAGUGAUACCAAAACAUGUGUGAAUGCUGCUAUGAAAGUCGGGGCCAACAUAGAAGGAGUGUAUGUGAGUGUUGGAGCCUCAGGUGGAAGCUGUGAUGCCCUUCUAAAGGAGUUUGGAGAGUCCAGUAAAACGAAUGAAAUGGUGGAAGAUAUCAUUGUUGUGGUGAAGGGAGGUGACAGUGAGAGUGUUUCUCGUCUAGCUGCAAAAAAACUACCAGCUCCAAGUGACAUGCAGCUCUGGGGCGAUGCUGUCUUCUAUAAUCCAGAUUUUUUAAACAGGAAGCUGGAACCGCUAUACGAGCUGGUGUCGGCACGAGACUUCUCCAACGCUAACAUUCUGAAGAAGAACCUGAGAAGAUCUACGGCCGAGUACAUGAGAGAAAUCAGCUCCUGCCAGUGCUCUCCAUGUCUCAAUAACGGCGUGCCGGUCCUCAAAGGCACAAGGUGUGUGUGCAUUUGUCCACCCGGUUUCAAAGGCGUGAGCUGUGAGAUCACCCAGAGAAAAGCAAUGGCAGUAGAUGCCAGUUGGAGUUGCUGGUCUUCGUGGUCCACCUGUACAGGGAGAACCCAGCUCCGGACACGCCAGUGCAACAAUCCGGCCCCGCAGAACGGCGGCAUGACCUGUCUGGGACCUCAAGAGGAAUCUGCCGAUUGUAUCUGAACUACACGAUUUGAUGAACUACACCAUUUCUCAAACUGUGAACUUGUGUUUUGAAAAGGCAUUUAAUAAAGUCACACACUGAAACAUU